AUGAUCUCCGAGUUCCAAUGCCCUUGUCAUGGAACAAUGAGAGGAUAUGUAGGAGACCAGUACAAAACUUCGCGAGUGGUAUUUUAUCCUGGAGCUCAAUACGAAAGCUAUUGGAAAAGUAGUCAUAUGUGUGCCCAGCUUACAGAUAUAAUACCUCUUUUCAAUGCCAUACACCCAAAUGCAGUAGCUGUCUUUCUUUUUGAUCAAAGCAGCAAUCAUAAAGCCUAUCCUGAAGACGCUCUUUUGGCACAAAACAUGAACUUGUGUGCAAUUGAAGUAAAAGACAGUGACUCAGGCCAGGGAAAAUUUCGUGACAGCUCAUUUUAUGUCAGAAAGCAAUACGACUAUGCAGAACAGCAAAAAAAUAAAAAAUACAAAAAAUAUUUCAUUGGCCUUCGCGGCAUAUUACAGCAACGUUCUAUGUAUAGAAACGAAGCAGAGAGAUACUCUUUAAAACGUUCUUGCAAUAAUGUCGCGACAGCUGAUUCUAGAUGUUGUGCAAUCCAUAUUAUGGAGAGACAACCAGACUUUGCCAACCAAAAAUCAGCACUCGAAGAAAUAGUUGAAGGCAGUGGACACAAAUUUGAACUGUAUCCAAAAUACCACUGUGAAUGUAAUUGA